CCACGGUCGGGUAACCUUGUGGAGCACCGCUCACUGGUCUCCGCUCAGACACAGCAACCGGUGGAGAUAAAAGAAAGGCGUAGCAAGAAAGGAAAGUUUUUUUUCUCCUCUCAAUUCACAGUUCACACCACCAACAUGGGUUUGGUCCAAGUAGGAUGUCUCGCCUGGAUACACCUGGCUCUUGCACUGACAGUGAGCGGUUUAAGUAAAACAGAACUUUUCGACUACGGGGUUCAGCACGGGGAUCAAUUCCUGAGCUCGGGACCUGACCAGACCGUGGAGCUCGCGCUGGACCAGACGCUUUUCUUCUUCAAGAAUUCUUACGACACCAUUUACAUCAACACCAAUGGCUUCGUCAGCAUGGACAUCACGCCAGACGAGUCGGAGUACCUCGGCCAGAUGCCCGCCAAAUUCCCCAUGGUCGCCGCCCUCCUGGGAGACCUGGAUACCAGCGACGGGGUGGGCAAGGUCUACUAUCGCCAGGACAACACCCCCGCCGUGUUGCUAAGGGCGACCGACCACAUCAGCCAAGCGUUCCCUGCCGACGACGAGGUGGAACCCACGCACGUUGUCAUAGUGACCUGGGAGAGGGUGUCGGCACAAGGCGGGUCGGAGAGAGGAGAUGGCGCUGCUGAGGGUGAGGGAAACACAUUCCAGCUGGUUAUCGCCUCGAUGGAAUCCGCCUCGUACGCCAUCUUGCUGUACCCGAAAGACGGCCUGCACUACCACUCCACGCCCAUAGGGGACGAUGUCCAGCCGAUGGAAGUGGGCUUCAACGAGGGCGAGGUGGCCGGCUGGCUGUGGACCUCUGCAGGGGAGUACUUCCGGGUCACCACUGAUGAAGAGGCGUCCGUUCGGGACAUGACCAAGAAGACCAACUCCGGCCAGCGCGGCGUGUGGGUGUACGAGAUCGGCACCUCCCCGUUCUUCAGCUCCAUCCACUCUGGCGAGACUGACGAGCUGGACUUCGACGAGUCCACCCUCGCACCGUCCACCACACCGCCGCUACCCGUGGUCACCGCUCGGGAGAGGGAGCGCCCCGGCUACCCCCCUGUCCACCCGCCUUACGAGACCGUGACCGACGAAGAUGAGGUGGUGGAGGAGAUCCCCGUCCUGCCCACCCAGCGGCCCAGGGUCCCAGUGUACCCAGGAGCAGGACAGUACCCCACCUACCCCAGGCCCACCUACCGCCCCCAGCCACCGGUGGUCUACCCAGAGCCCCGCUACCCUGAGCCAGCACAGCCACAGCCAGACCCCCGGAGGCCCCAGCCCGAGAGGCCCCAGGUGGUGGUAGUGGACGAUGAUCUGGAUGUGGAUGGUACAGUGUUUUCCUACAACUACCAGACCUGUGCCAAUAACUGGCAGAAGUGUUCCAGUUUCGCCGACUGCAGAGACUACUCCGACGGCUACUGCUGCCACUGCAGGUCCGGUUACUACGGCGACGGGAGAGACUGCGUUGCCGAGGGUAAGCCCCAGCGGAUGAACGGGAAGGUGACAGGUCGCGUCUUCGUGGGCGGCUCCCCGUCCCCUCUGGAGUUCAACAGUAACGAGCUGCACUCCUACGUGGUGGCCAACGACGGCCGGGCCUACGUGGCCGUCAGCACCAUCCCCAGCAGCCUGGGACCCUCCCUGCAGCCCCUGGCCUCGCUCGGUGGGGCCAUCGGCUGGGCCUUCGCCCUGGAGCAGCCUGGCUAUCAGAACGGCUUCAGCCUUAUCGGUGGCCGUUUCACCCGUCAGGCUGACGUGACCUUCUUCCCCGGCGGUGAGCACCUGAGCAUCACCCAGAUCUUCAAGGGCAUCGACGAGCACGACCACCUGACCAUCAGCACCACCUUGGAGGGACGUGUCCCCGAGGUGCCUCGCGGAGCCACCGUGCAGAUCGAGCCCUACAACGAGAUCUACCAAUACUCACGCAACAUCAUCACCUCGUCCUCUCGUCGCGACUACACCGUGAGCCUGCCCGGCGGCGGCAUCCAGACCCUCAGCUACAGCUGGCGCCAGUCCAUCACCUACGAGGGUUGCCAUCACGACCAGCGCUCCACCAAUCAGAUGCCCUCCUCGCAGCAGCUGAGCGUGGACCAGGUCUUCGUCAUGUACGAUGCGGCCAAUCAGCUCAUCCGAUACGCCAUGAGCAACAAGAUCGGAUCCAUACACAGUGAGGGUGUGGAGAACCCCUGCUUCACCGGGCGCCACGGCUGUGACACCAACGCAGUGUGCCGACCGGGAGAGGGCACCCAGUUCACCUGCGAGUGUGCCAGCGGCUUCACCGGGGACGGACGCACCUGUUACGAUGUGGAUGAGUGUCGGGAGGAUCCUCGCAUCUGUGGUGUUCAUGCCGUGUGCAACAACCAGCCCGGAACCUUCCGCUGCGAGUGCAUGGAUGGCUUCCAGUUCGCCAGCGAUGGACGCACCUGCGUGGAGGUUGAGCGCCCGGUGAACCACUGUGUGCGUGGUACACAUGACUGUGACCUGGCUGAGAGGGCCCAGUGCAGCUACACUGGAGGGUCCAACUACAUCUGCUCCUGCCUGACCGGAUACCAGGGAGACGGACGCACCUGCAGGGAUAUUGACGAGUGCCAGCCGGGCCGUUGCCAUGCCGAUGCCAUCUGCUACAACACCCAGGGCUCCUUCACCUGCCAGUGCCGCCCGGGUUUCUACGGCGACGGCUUCCACUGCACACCUGACUCACAGCGUGAGAAGACAGCGUGCGAGCAGCACAGAGAGAGGGCCCUGGCCGCCUCCGCCAACACCGGCGGUUAUUUCUUCUUCCGUCCGCGCCCUGCUGCCGUGGGACAGUUUGUCCCCACCUGCGACCCGUACGGCGCCUACGAGCCCAUGCAGUGCCACAGCAGCACGGGCCAGUGCUGGUGUGUGGACCGCGAGGGACAGGAGAUCGUGGGCACCAGGACGGGGCCUAGCAACAAACCCAGCUGCAUUGACCAAGGAGUCAUCCCCACCCCAGUGGGCCCCACUCCGCGCCCCGACGUCAGGCCCCUGACCCCUGGCACCAGCCUUCUGUUCGCCCAGAGUGGCAAGAUCGAGCACCUGCCCCUCAACGGAGAGAACAUGCUCAAAGACCAGGCCGUCACCUUGCUCCACGUACCCGAUAAGGUGGUGAUUGCGUUGGCCUAUGACUGUGUGGAUAAGAUCGUGUACUGGUCGGACAUCACCCAGCCUGCCAUCAGCCGAGUGCCCCUGAAGGGAGGACAGCCCACCACCGUCAUCAAAACCGACCUGGGUAGUCCAGAGGGCAUAGCCAUUGACCACCUGUCACGCCUGAUGUUCUGGACGGACUCUAUGAUGGACCGUAUCGAGGUGUCCAAGCUCGACGGCAGCCAUCGCAGAGUCCUUUUCGACGAGGACCUCGUCAACCCCCGACCCAUCGUCGCAGACCCCAUCAAUGGGCGCCUGUACUGGUCGGACUGGAACCGUGACGGGCCCAAGCUGGAGAUGGCCAACAUGGAUGGUACGGACCGCAGCGUGCUGGUGUCGGAGGACCUGGGCCUGCCCAACGGACUCACCUACGACCCCCAGACCAGGCAGCUCUGCUGGGCCGAUGCCGGUACCCGUAAAGUGGAGUGUGUUGACCCAUACACCCGGCAGAGGAGGAAGAUUGUGGAGGGAAUCCAGUACCCCUUCGCUGUAGUCCACUACGGCAGCAACCUCUACUACACUGACUGGAGGAGGGAAGCCGUGGUUGCCGUGGACCGCCGGGCAGAGAAGGAAGUGGACGCCUACAUGCCCCUGAGGCGCUCUCGAACCUACGGCAUCACCCUCACACAACCACAGUGCCUACCAGGUGCCAACUACUGUUCGGGCAGCAAUGGCGGCUGCUCGCACUUGUGCCUGCCCCGACCGGGCGGCCUCACCUGCCGUUGCCCCGACGCCAACGAUGGCACCUGCGUGGAGAGGGAACAGCGCCAGUGAGGAGGAUGAGUGUUGUUGACGUCGUCGUUACCGUGGCAACUAGGAGUCCAGCCCCUCCAAGAAGAAAACUCUGGUGGGGGGAGAUUGGGGGGUAGAGGUGGUUAGGGAAGUGAGGGUAGAGGGGAAGGGAGGGAAGGGGUCGCACAGUGGUAUGAGAAAGUUUGGGCAGCUUUUUGGCAAACCAUGACAUUGGUUUACCUCUUGUUGAGCUUUUGAAGCGGUGACUUCAUUUCAACAUGUUGACCACAGGGAAACAUUUCAGUUCAAUAUUUUUUUAUGUGGAUGUAAACAAAAAUAGCUAUAUAGUACAUGAAUAUGAGCAAAAAAGAAGAUUUACCAGCAAUACGAAGUAGAGCUCACCUCUUACUCCACAAGAGACAAAAACGAAUGUAAUGAUAUUCGAAAGUGGGGCCCAAACUUUCUCAUACCACUGCAUAUGUGCUCAAUGACAACUCUUGGCACCAAGGUGGAAGAAGCAGUGAGAAGAUGAUGAAGGGGAUUACAGAGGAUUACAGAGAUGGAUUGAGAGACACAGAAAGCAAGAAAAACAAGAGAGAUAGAGAAAGAGCGAAAGAAAGAAGAAAGAGUAGAGUUAAGUCACAGUGCACUGUAGUUACCAAGAAUGCCACUGAAAGCCAGUAAUGGACUGCGGUGCCACUAUCAACCAAUCAGGGAGGGGGUGGGGCAGGAGAAGGGGUUUAUGGGUAAUCAACAAGUGAGGGGAGUUAUGGCUAAUCGACAGGUGGGUGGGAUCAAGUGAGGGAGGGCUCUAAGAGAUUUUGUUGUUUUGUUUUUAUCUUAUUAUUAUUUGUUUGUCUGUUUUUAACCAAAGAAAUAUUUUGCAACUAUUUUCCAAAAUCCAAUUUUGUGUUUUAAUGUACAAUCACACCUGUUAAUUGUUUUCUUUAUUUUAUUUUGUUUUGCUUUUUUCUAUCAUUGUAAAUAAAUACCUAAGAAUAUAUAGACAAUAUUAUUAUCUUUUUAAAAGAAGUAUUACUGGGUCACCGUGGUGCUCUUCAGGCGUAGUUAGUAGGAUUUCAUGUUAGGAUUUAUUUUUUCUCACGAUGUUUAACGGUUUACAUAACAAGGGAGUCUUCAUCACAAAGGCAGGUCUGGGAAUUUGUGUGUGUGUGUGUGUGUGUGUGUGUGUGUGUGUGUGUGUGUGUGUGUGUGUGUGUGUGUGUGUGUGUGUGUGUAUGUGUGUGUACUGCUUUUCUGGCAUUUUGGGGUCUUUUUUGUGGGACCCAAGGGUGGUCCUCACAUACAGUACAUCUGGUGAACAGGACAGGACAGGACCUGCUGUACGUCUCUGACCUGGAGAAAAACAUGACCUCAUCCCCACGCACACACAUGCGCGCGCACACAUACACAAACACA